AUAAAGAAAAGAUACUACACACAGCCCGAGUCACUGCAUCAUCUAUCAACUGAGAAACCCAAUGUGGAUCUCUCAGCAAGAAAACUCUUCAAGUUGGUUCUUCCUCCCAGUUGUUACCUUCAUCAUCCUCUUUCUUCUACGUACUUUCCUCAAUCUUUUAUCCAAACGGAACAAUGAUUCCAAAAAACCCUCACCACCAUCUCCUCCAAAGCUUCCAAUAAUAGGAAACCUCCAUCAACUUGGUACCCACAUUCACCGCAGUCUCCAAUCCUUAGCUCAAACCUAUGGUUCUUUAAUGCUACUUCACUUAGGAAAAGUGCCAGUCCUUGUUGUCUCCACAGCUGAGGCAGCUCGUGAAGUUUUGAAAACACAUGACCCCGUUUUCUCCAACAAACCACAUCGUAAGAUGUUUGAUAUCCUCUUGUAUGGUUCCAAAGAUGUGGCAUCUGCUCCAUAUGGCAACUACUGGAGGCAGACAAGGAGUAUCCUUGUUUUGCAUCUUCUCAGUGCCAAAAAGGUUCAAUCCUUCGAGGCAGUGAGAGAAGAGGAAAUCUCCAUAAUGAUGGAAAAUAUUAGGAAGUGUUGUGCUUCAUUGAUGCCUGUGGAUUUAACUGGCUUAUUUUGUAUAGUAGCCAAUGAUAUAGUGUGUAGAGCUGCUCUUGGAAGAAGAUACAGUGGAGAAGGAGGGAGUAAGCUUCGCGGGCCGAUCAACCAGAUGGCGGAGCUGAUGGGUACUCCGGUUUUAGGAGACUAUUUACCUUGGCUUGAUUGGUUGGGGAGAGUUAAUGGCAUGUAUGGUAGGGCAGAGAGAGCGGCUAAAAAGGUUGAUGAAUUCUUUGAUGAAGUUGUUGAUGAGCAUGUUAAUAAGGGAGGCCAUGAUGGGCAUGGUGAUGGUGUCAAUGAUGAAGACCAGAAUGAUUUGGUGGACAUUUUGUUGAGGAUCCAAAAGACAAACGCCAUGGGAUUUGAGAUUGAUAGAACAACCAUAAAGGCUUUGAUACUGGAUAUGUUUGGUGCAGGUACUGAAACUACCUCCACAAUUCUAGAGUGGAUAAUGACAGAACUCUUAAGGCAUCCAAUAGUGAUGCAAAAGCUACAAGGUGAGGUCAGGAAUGUGGUUAGAGAUAGAACCCACAUAUCCGAAGAGGAUUUGAGUAAUAUGCAUUACUUGAAGGCAGUGAUUAAAGAAACUUUUCGAUUACAUCCCCCAAUUACCAUAUUGGCCCCAAGGGAAUCCACGCAAAAUACUAAGGUGAUGGGCUAUGACAUUGCAGCUGGCACGCAAGUAAUGGUUAAUGCUUGGGCAAUUGCAAGAGAUCCUUCAUAUUGGGACCAGCCUGAAGAGUUUCAGCCAGAAAGGUUCCUAAAUAGUUCAAUUGAUGUCAAAGGACAUGAUUUCCAACUGCUCCCAUUUGGAGCAGGAAGGAGGGCUUGCCCAGGAUUAACAUUUUCCAUGGUUGUAGUUGAGCUGGUAAUAGCAAACCUUGUUCACCAAUUUAAUUGGGCAAUACCUAAAGGAGUGGUGGGGGAUCAGACAAUGGACAUAACUGAAACUACUGGGUUAUCCAUUCAUAGAAAAUUUCCUCUUAUAGCAAUUGCAUCCCCACAUGCAUAAGAAGUGUUUUUUUUUUAUCAGUGGUGGAAAUAAGAAGCCAUGAAUAUUAAAGAUAUACAAGAGGAAAUACCUGAAAAGAAAAAUAAGGGAGUAUUCUCUCGUUAAUGUAUCAUUAAAAUAACUUAUGGCCAAGAGUGCCUUCAUAGUAUAAUCUAUGGUUAAUGAUAGUUGAACUGCAUUGGUUGGUUUAUUUAGUUAUGGGUAUUCAAUUAUUGUAUUUUUGACAUGCAAUUGUACUUUGAGAUCUCUAUUAUACGUAUGAAAUUAAUGUUUAAUCAA